CGUUCCCUGAGCACAGCUGUUUUGCUGUACAGCGAUGUGGGGUAGUUUCUUCCCUUAACAGAAGAGUCCCAGUAACAGGAGAUAGCUUGGCAGGGGCUGAUUUAAAAAAUAAAAAUACAUGGCUCAUCAAACAGACGUUUAAUGUAGAGUCUCCUCUUUUUUCGCUACCCCUUUCCCCCAAAAUCGUUUUGUCAACUUGCAGCAGAGUGUGCUGCUGCCGCAGGCACUAUUUGGAAGGGAUUUGAUUUCUGCUUUCAAACAGGAUACUUUGAUUUCUCCAUUAAGUCUUCUCGCCUUCCUACUUUUGCAUCAUUUUUUUAAACUAAAGGCAGGCAUGGAGCAUAUGGAAAAGUUUCCCGCCAGCGUUUUUCAUGGCUUUCGACCAGCUGAGAGGCAGAGAAAUCAUAAAUGUCCCUGUAUCGUGAGUUUCUUCUGCAUUUUCCCACUCCUGGUUCUGCUGGCUGCAUUGGGAGAUUUGCUUGCGACCGACGUGCGAGAAACUGAGGAAGACCCUGCUCCCCCUAGUUUUCCUCCUGGCAUGCCCUCAGGUCUCCAAGACCACCCGUUGCCACCCCAUCCCCGUAUCCGGAAGAGACGCUACACACUCACGCCAGGUCAGCUGAAAUGGGAUCACUUCAAUCUCACGUAUAAGAUUCUGUCUUUUCCCAGAAACCUCAUCAACGAGAGCCAGACCCGGAAAGGGCUGGUUGCUGCUUUCCGCAUGUGGAGCGACGUCUCUCCCUUCAGCUUUCGGGAGGUGCCUCUGGGUGCAGUCAGUGACCUGAAAAUUGGCUUCUAUUCCAUAAACCACACGGACUGCCUAGAGUCCCAAAUCCAUCACUGUUUUGACGGCAUAACGGGAGAGCUUGCCCACGCCUUUUUCCCGCAAACCGGCGAGAUCCAUUUUGAUGACCAUGAAUACUGGAUUGUGGGGGACACGCGGUUCAGCUGGAAAAAGGGUGUUUGGCUUACAGACCUGGUCCACGUUGCAGCCCAUGAAAUCGGCCAUGCCUUGGGCCUCAUGCAUUCUCUGGAUCCCAGUGCCCUGAUGCACCUCAAUGCCACGUUGACUGGGAAAAACACCAUUUCGCAGGAUGAGAUGUGGGGGAUCUACAGGCUUUAUGGCUGUAAAGAUCGAGUCUUCAUAUGCCCGUCAUGGUCUCGGAAAGGCUACUGCAGAACGCGCAAAAAGUUUAUGAAAAAACAUUGCCCGUACAGCUGUGAUUUUUGCGUGGAAUUCCCUUUCCCGAUGGUGAUGCCAACUGCACCUCCCCCAAGGAUGAAGACGAGGAUUGUCCCCGCAGGGAGGAACGUCACCUUCCGCUGCGGCCAGAAAAUCAUUCAUAAAAAGGGCAAAGUUUAUUGGUAUAAAGAGAAGGAGCUUUUGGAAUACUCCUAUCCUGGAUACUUGUCUCUGAAUGACGACCACAUGAGCAUCAUAGCCAAUGCAAUCAAUGAAGGGACCUAUACUUGUGUCGUGAAGAAAAAGUCUAAAACUCUGACCACAUAUUCCUGGAGGGUGAGGCUGAAGCACUAGCAAGGACCGGUUGCAAGGACUUUCAGUAUAAUCCAAAUGUUUUCCAUCCCAUAUUGGGCUCCUCCCCCUGUCUGUCAUGUGUAUAUUUUACUUUUAGCAGUGCUCAUCUAGAUAGAUCUGCAAACCACAAAACCUCUUUUUGCUAACACGUGAGGAGGCUGGAACUUCCCUCAACGAGAAAAUAUCACUUCCAAAAGGAGAUGAGUACAAAAUAAUGUUAGCAGCCCUGACCUAGAUCAUAGAGAUGGAGCCAAAAGGGCUGUUUUCUUUCCUUUUGUCACAAGGAAUGGCGGCUAGAUAGUUUCCUUCAAAUGUGACAACCACACUGCCCGAACAAAGCCUGCCUGGCUUUGAUGGUCCAGAUUCUAUGGAUGAUGAUGGAAAAUGGGGUGUUUAGUGGCUAGGUGAUGGGCUGUCAUUGAAAUCUGACUUCAGCCAUAAAUUAACUAAGUGACCUUUAGGAAUGCCACAAUCUAAAUUUCUUCAGCUGCAGUAUUUUGUUAUAACACAGUUAUGGAUGGAAAGAUCUGCCCAUUUUGUUCCCUCACUUUCUCAUUUUUCCAAUCUGAUUCAGUUUUCCAUUUUUCUCGAGCAAUUUUGCUAAUUUUUUAAAAAAAACAAUGUGAAAAUUCUUCAGCAUUUUAUUGUGAAUUUAGUGUGAAUCAGUUUUGUAUGCAGUUUUGACUACUGUACCCAUUUUUGCAACCAAUUUCUCCUAACACAAUGCAUUCUUGCAUGUUAUUUUCACUAACGUAUUCAUUUUUAUGCAUAUUUCCCCCUCAUACAAUAUGCUGUUUGGCUGGUGAACUGCAUCGUAAAAUUUGCAUGAGUGCGAAUUUUGAAGGCCGGCUGUGUUUCAAUAUUCUCGUACUGUUUCGGAAAGUGCAAAUUUGAUAAAUCCAGCUUGAAAUGUGAACUGAAUCGAAUUUCUCCCCAUCUCUAACUUUAGUUAAUACUGACUUUCCAACCAAAGUUGUUGUAGAUAAUAGAUGUAAAGCAUUUUUGGAUACGUAAAAGUCCUACACAACUCCGAGGUCAUAAAGGUACUGACGGUAAAGAUCACAUAUUCAUCAGAGUAACAAAAGAUUGUCUGCUAUGAGCAAUUAUCUCCUCUCUUAUUGCUUCCUGUAAUGUUUCCCCUUGACAGCUAAGUCAAGCCUGGAAAGUCACUGUUAAUGCCUUGCAUGUGCUGUGUGAUGCAGUUGGUUCAGCCGUCUUUUGCAACGGCUGUCUGAAGCUUCUGGAAAGCAAAGGGACUGUUUAUCCACUUGGAAUUUCACCCGUCAAUUAGGGCUGUUCUCCUGUUUGAAUAAAGUGCUUCCCUCUGGCCCUGCCA